GGCACCAUGGCCCAGGCCCUGGGGGAGGACCUGGUGCAAACGUUAGAGCUGCAGGACGACUCCAGCUCUCUGGGGUCCGACUCAGAGCUGAGUGGGCCCGGCCCAUAUCGCCAGGCUGACCGCUAUGGCUUCAUUGGGGGCAGCUCAGCAGAGCCAGGGCCAGGUCACCCUCCUGCAGACCUUAUCCGCCAGCGGGAGAUGAAGUGGGUAGAGAUGACCUCGCACUGGGAGAAAACCAUGUCUCGGCGGUACAAGAAGGUAAAGACGCAGUGUCGGAAAGGCAUCCCCUCGGCCCUGAGGUCCCGGUGCUGGCCCCUGUUGUGCGGGGCCCACGUGUGUCAGAACAAGAGCCCUUGUACCUAUGAGCAACUGGCCAAGGCCCCUGGAGACCCACAGUGGAUGGAGACCAUCAGCAGGGACCUGCACCGCCAGUUCCCUCUACACGAGAUGUUUGUGUCACCUCAGGGUCACGGGCAGCAGGGGCUCCUGCAGGUACUCAAGGCCUACACGCUGCAUCGGCCCGAGCAGGGCUACUGUCAGGCCCAAGGCCCUGUGGCAGCCGUGCUACUCAUGCAUCUGCCCCCGGAGGUGAGCCCUCCCCUGUGCUCCUUUCCCCUACCCCGCGGUUCCUUCUGUGCCCCCACCCAGGAGGCCUUCUGGUGCCUGGUACAGAUCUGCGAGGUCUACCUCCCCGGCUACUACGGGCCCCACAUGGAGGCCGUGCAGCUGGACGCCGAGGUAUUCAUGGCCCUGCUUCGACGGCUGCUCCCGCGCGUGCACAAGCACCUGCAGCAGGUGGGCGUCGGGCCUCUGCUCUACAUGCCCGAGUGGUUCCUGUGCCUCUUUGCCCGCUCCCUGCCCUUCCCCACCGUGCUGCGCGUCUGGGACACCUUCUUCAGCGAGGGUGUGAAGGUGCUGUUCCGCGUGGGGCUGACGCUGGUGCGCCUGGCGCUAGGCACCACUGAGCAGCGCCUGGCCUGCCCCGGGCUCCUGGAGACCCUUGGUGCCCUACGAGCCAUCCCCCCCACCCAGCUGCAGGAGGAGGUCUUCAUGUCCCAGGUGCACAGCGUGGCGCUGUCUGAGCAGGACCUGCAGCGGGAGAUCAAGGUCCAGCUGGCCCGGCUGCCUGAGUCGACGUCCGGGCCGCCCCCCAGGCCUCAGGCCCGCCUGCCUGGGGCCCAAGCCAUCUUUGAGGCCCAGCAGCUGGCAGGGGUGCAGGGAGGCACCAGGCCCGAGGUGCCCCAGAUAGUGGUGCAGCCCCCAGAGGAGCCCAGGCCGCCGCGACGCAAGCCCCAGACCCGAGGCAAGACUUUCCACGGGCUCCUGACUCGGUCCAGGGGCCCCCCUCUCGAGGGCCCCCCCAGGUCUCAUCGAGGCUCCGCCUCCUUCCUGGAUACCCGGUUCUGAAGGUUCGACUU